UCUGAGCAAGUUUGGCAAACACAAAUAUGAAAUUAACUGUUUUGUUUAUCGUGAUGCAGUUGCUCUCGCAGCUGGCCGUUUGGGCGAAUGACCUUCCGCAGGAUCAGCAGGAGAUGACAACCAGUUUACGGCAGCUGCAAAAGGACAUGGCGCAUCCUUGGAGCUCGCCGUGCAUUCGCUGUUGCCUCCAGGGAAAGGGAUUCCUUCUGGAUUCACUAGGAGAAUGUCGGAAGGUCCAGCGGCCAUUCGAUUGUACACUGUACUGCAUGUUUAAGGCCCACCAGCUUCAUUGAGCCAUAAAGUGUGGGCACAAAUACGCACAGGUUUGUUGGCCAUUAAAGCAAUUAAUGCCAACUGGCUGUAGGUGGAAAUGAAGGCCCAUUCGCCAUACAAAAUAAUUAAGUGUGCCAUUAAAAGGGAAUGUAAUUGCUUGUUACAUACCAGCAGGCUUUUCUUUCAUUAUAUUUCCCAUCGCAUUUAUUUUAAUUUAAUUAAAAUGUUUCCCAUUUUUUGUCGCCCCGCA